AUGUUUAAAUCAUGGGAAGAUGAAGCAAAAAAAGUAUUUGGAGACAUAGACUUCUUAUACAACGAAAAUAUUGUCAACGAUACGAAAAAUGCGGCGAAACAAAACAAUUGUAAGCUGUGUAACAUAACUAGAAUCGAUGAAAAUUCGGACAGCACAUCUGAUGAUCUCGUUAUUGGGUUUUUAUUCAAUAGAUUUUACGUAAAUGUACUUACAUUUGUUAGAACAUUACGCUCUUCAAAUGGAAAAUGCGGAAUACUGUUUUUUUGUGAUAGAGAUUAUAUUGAACAUAUUAAUCCACGAGAAUUGGAAGAGUUGACAAAUUGCGGUGUCAGAUGGUUAGUUGCGCCAAAAAUUGAUACAAAUCUCAUUAAAGAACCAAAUUUGAUACGAAGAUUAAUUGAAUUUUUAUUCUUGAAACAAUACAAAGAUCAUUUUAAUCGAAUUUUAAUACUCGAUGUAGCUGAUAGUAUAUUCCAAAAAGAUCCUUUCUCAAAAAAUUUACCAAAAAACAAAUUGGUAUUUUCAAUUGAAAAAGUUCAAUUCAUGAAUCACGAUUGGGCCAUGAAUCGGAUGAAGAAAACAGAUUACAGGAAUUUCGAUCAACAUUUUUGGGAAUUUAAAUUUAUUAUCAAUGGAGGGUUAAUCUACGGUCCUAUAAAAGAUGUUUAUAACUUUUAUGUACAAAUGAUGCGCCCAUCCCUAGUUUUUCAACCUUUUUGUUGUGACCAGAGUAUUAUGGCGAUGACGUACUAUUACGGAUUGUAUACCAAUGUAUUUAUUGAUUACAAAUCAACAAAUUUCAUUUCUGCCGCAUAUUCGGCCUUUGAAGAAAUGCCUAGAAAAGAUACUUACAUUCAUGAGAUCCAAAGCAAGAAUGCGCCAGCAGUUAUACAUCAAUACGAUAGAAUAUGCCAGGUUUCAAGGUAUUUGAAGGACUAUUGUCCAGCUAUUGGCAGUUUUCAGACUCUUCCAUACGGAAGAGAGAAUUAUUUCAUGCAACUUUGCGGAAAUAAUUUCUCACGUAAUAACCCUCCAAUAUUCAGACCUCCAAACCUCCCUGUCUUUUAUAUUUCUAUUGCAAUUAUUACAUCAACUACUACUAUUGUACUAUUAUGUAUGUUUCAGCUUAUCCAAAGCGUUUUUAUGAAGCGCUUGAACAAGAAGAUCUUCCAUUCAGUUCAAAUUCCAAAUUAA